CUCAUCAACUCCUCUCUCUUUCCCUCUCUUCCUCUCUCAUUCUCUCUCCCUUUCUCUCUUUCCCUCUCUAAAAACUACUUUCUGUUCCCCCUUUCGUUUUCUUCACUGACAGAGAAAUACCUGCACACUUUCUCACGCACGCACGCAUACUCAAAGCCAGAACCCACCCCCUCCGUCCAUCAACCCCAUCUCCCUGUCUCUCUCCCUCUCUCUAGCGAGACGGAUAUGAUAAGGGCUGCAGCUGCAGCAGCGAUGGCAGAGAGAGCAGAGGAGUACAGAGCAGAAAACGCAGAUUUUCCAGCCAGAUCAUACCUUAUUAUUUCGCCUUCCUCCUGCCACUCGAUUCAUCAAAUCCGUGUGAAACCCAUAUAACACAACUCAAACGCAGAGUCUCGUCUUCAUUUGCUCACUUUGCAAAACUAGGAGCAACCCAGUCUCACUCAUCUCUUCGUCCCCACGUCCGAUUCCCUCCGAUGUUGAUAAAAUGCGGUGAAGUGUUGAGUUAAUUAUAGCUUCUUCUGUUAAGCCGUGUGAUUUUUGCAUCUGCGUUUUGGUUCAAAACUUUGGUACUUUGUUUCUUAGUUCUAGAUUUAUUAAUGGGAUUUUAAUGGGUAUGCCGUAGGGAGAGCUAUUAUUCCUUUCUGCACUUGAUAUCCAUGGAAAGUUGGAACCCCUGUGUCCUUUUUGGGUGAUAUCCUUCCUCCUUAUUAACUGCUUCUUUAUUCUCCUCCAUUACUAUGUCUGGAAGAUCAAGUCCUCUCUUUUUCCCUCUUCUUCAAUAUCCUACCUUCAAAAGUUCAACAAUUGCUUCCUAAGCUCGGUCGGGUUCUUUCUAGUUUCUACUCUUUUUCUUUCUCUGCACGCAGCAGUCUAAUUCCACUUUUGUAGCUUAUUCUUUGUUCAGCAAACUAGGGUUAAAUGGAUAACUACCAGGUCUUCGACAACAGCGAAGCUCAUUUGCCUCCUGGCUUCCGAUUCCACCCGACUGAUGAAGAGCUCAUCACGUAUUACCUUAUCAAGAAGGUUCUGGACAGCAGCUUUACGGGCAGAGCCAUUGCUGAAGUUGACCUUAACAAAUGCGAGCCAUGGGAGCUUCCUGCGAAAGCUAAGAUGGGAGAGAAAGAGUGGUACUUCUUCAGCCUCCGGGACCGAAAGUAUCCGACUGGGCUUCGAACUAAUAGGGCUACGGAGGCUGGGUACUGGAAGGCCACUGGUAAGGACAGGGAGAUUUACAGUUCAAAGACUUGUGCACUUGUGGGCAUGAAGAAGACUCUGGUGUUCUAUCGAGGACGAGCUCCGAAGGGAGAAAAAAGCAAUUGGGUCAUGCACGAAUAUCGCCUCGAAGGCAAACUCGCCUACCAUUAUCUCUCCAGGAGCUCCAAGGAUGAGUGGGUAAUCUCGCGGGUGUUCCAGAAGACUGGUGGUGUUGGUGGGAGCAGCGGCAAUGGAGGGAAGAAGAACCGUAUUUCUUGUGGAGCUAACCUCUAUCCCGACGUUGGGUCUCCGUCGUCGACGUCGCUUCCUCCGCUGCUGGAUUCAUCUCCCUACACCGCUUACACCGGGGCCACUGACCGCGAGAGUUGCUCAUACGAGAGCGAAAGCGCAAGGGAGCACGUGUCCUGUUUCUCCACCGUAGCUGCUGCUGCUGCUGCCGCCGCCGCUGCAAACUUCAAUCACCAGGCACAGUACCAGUUGGGAUCACCUGCAUCUAUCAUGAACGCAGUAGACUAUGCCGCUCGAUUCGGAAGGAACGGAGGUCUGUCGGCAUUUCCGAGCUUGUCGCUGCAGGAGAAUCUUCAGUUCCCCUUCUUCUUUUCGUCUGUGCCGCCGAUGACAGCGAUGUCUGUUGCAGAGAACCAAAACAACGAUCUGGGUGGGUGCUGUUCGGCGAGAAACUGGCCGGAAUCCGAGUAUCAGAAGAUGGAGACGAGCCGGAUGCCGGUGGGAGCCACCGAGCUUGAUUGCAUGUGGACUUACUGAUAAGACAAAUCUCUCUGCACUCCAAAUCCCUCUCAUAAUCGAGUUGUCUUGGUCUUGCUACUAUGUUUUAGAAGUUUUAUUAUUGUUAUUAGAGUAUUAUUAAGUUUAACUUUUUAAGUAGACUUACCUCGAAGUCUGAACUAAUGGCGGUUAUGUAUCGAACAGUAUGAAUAGAGUAGUCUGGUAGUAGCUAGAUACAUAUAUAUAUCUACGUAGUAGUAUGGUCUGUAUUCUAAAUGUCAGACUGUUUCAGAUGUCAAAGGAAUGUCCUUGGUUCUUUUCUGCUUCUCUCAUUAGCUAGCUGUAAUGAGAGCUGCUGGACAAGCUCCAUCUUUCUCUAAAAGAUAUCAACUGAUCAUAAUUAUUGGUUA